GCACUAAUAGCAAUUUAACCUCACUUUGCUCUUUAACUUACAGUGAAAUUCAACAAACCUCAAAUUAAAAAUAAAAUGAUUUUGCGAACCAAAAUUCUACCAAAAACCAUUUCAGAUGGUGCAGUGACAAUUUUUACACUUUUUAUAGUACCAGUGGUAUACUGGUUUGAACUAUUCGUCGUUAUGCCGACAUUUUACAGUAUGUGGAGUGCAUGGUAUACGUUUCAUUUCGUUAUGGGAACAUUUAUAUUCGUGAACAUAUCCUCUAAUUACGCAGCGGUUGUGUUAAGCGACACCAGUAUUAAGGGAAGAUUCCUUCCGACAACGAGACAACCGAAUUGGCACUUUUGCGCUGUGUGCGAAUCGCUGGUGCCUCCACGGUCCUGGCAUUGCAGUGUUUGUAACAUUUGCAUUCUAAAACGGGACCAUCAUUGUAUGUUCACGAGCUGUUGCAUCGGCCACCACAAUCAACGAUACUUUUUGAUGUUUGUAUUAUAUGUGUUUAUUGCGUGUUGUUAUGCGACAGUAUAUAACGCGUUGUUUAUGUGGACCAGAUUUGAUUUUUCAAGUUUCAUCUCAUUAUUUAAGGUAGUGUUUCCAUUACUCAUGUUAAUAUUCGAUUACUCCUACAAUCAAAUUUACCUGUUUCUAUCUUUAAUUUUAUUUAUUAUCGGUAUAUUCACAGGCGCGUUGUUGUGUUAUCACAUUAACUUAGUAUUUCAAGGCACUGUGACUUACGAAUACAAUAAGAAUGUAAGAGAAUACGAUUUGGGAUGUAAAUUAAAUGUUAUAUCUGUUCUUGGUGAAAGGUGGUAUUUGGUUUGGACCUCUCCAUUUACAGAAAGUAAGUUGCCAAGUGACGGCAUCGUUUGGUUUAAAAAAGACUCGGUGAAAGCCAAAUAGUUGCCAAAUGGACUAAUUUUAUUGGGUCAAAUUUAAAUGUGAUAUGUGCACGUUCGUUUGCUCACACUCGAUAGUUUAGUACCUACAAUUUUUCACAGUUCAUUUGUAAAUAAUUUUAUAAUAAAAAUUGCAGAUAC